AUGAGUACAGAUUCAAGUAAUGGAAAAGAUAAAGAUAAAGAAAAAAUCUUUCCAUCAUUUACUGAACUUCGAAUUUAUCCAUCAUUUACCGAAAUUCGAGAAAAAUUCAAUGCACCACAGAAUUUUAAAAUGUAUUUUCCACGUGAAGUUUAUGAUCAAAUUGUUAAUGGAAGUCUUAGUGUUGAAGGAAUUGAAGUAAUUAGUCAAAAUAGUGUAACAAAAGCAAAUAAUUUAGAAAAUCAAACAGUUUUUGUUCGUCGUCCACGUGAAGAUCCAAUUGAAUGUCAAGUUAUUCGACCAAAUGAUUUAUUAUUAAAAGUUGUUAAAACUGGUCGAUUUCUUCGUGCACAACAACAUGAACUUGAAUAUGUUAAUAUUCCAGAAGAAGAAGGACAAGAAGUUACUUUUGCUUUAAAACAAGCUGGUGAAGCAACACUGUCAUAUCUUAUUCAUGGAAUAACAUGGUCACCACGUUAUAAUUUAAAAGUUGAAUCUGAUAAUUAUCAAUUUGAUGCUUGGGCUGAUAUGACAAAUAAUACAAAACGUGAUUAUAAAAUCAAACAUACGGAAUUAUUUGGUGGUGAUGUUCAUCUUCAAGGAUCAGGACAGAUGUCUCGUGGUUAUGGUUAUUGUGCUCAAGAAUGUUGUUGUUGUAGUUGUGCAUCAGGUGCUCCUAAAAUUGAAGCUGAAGGUGAAUUAGCUGGAAUAUAUUGGUAUUCAAUUGAUCAACCAUUUGUUCUUGUUCAACAAUCAACAUAUUCACUUCCAUUUGUUAAACCAAAUAUCAAAUUAGAAAAAUAUGCUGGAUUAGAAAAUUGUUUUCAAGAAAGAACACAAAAAGGAAAAUUCCAAAGAAAAUAUCGUAUUGAAUCAGAUAAAUUUUUACCCAAAGGUACUGUUACUGUACGUGAAGAUGGAAGAGUUGUUGGACAAGCUCAUUUAUGUGAUCUUUCACAAGGUGAAAAACAAAAUUUAGAUUGUGGUGAGGAUCCUGAUGUUAGUUUUGUACGUGAAGUUAAAAUUUUAUCACAAAAACGUGAUUCAGCAUCAUAUUCAAUUCGUUUAAUAAUUAAAAAUGCAAAAACAAAAUCAAUGAAAUAUGAAUAUAAAGAAACAAUAUCAUCAGCGAAAUUUACAAUAACACCCUCAAAUGAUAAUAAACAAUUAAAUGAUAAAAUACAAUUAAUUCCUGAAGGUCUUAAUAUUAUUGGUGAUGAAUUACAAUCUAAUAAUGAACAGAUUUAUCAAUAUGACAUUUUACUUGAAUAUAAAAAUAAUCAAGAACCAUGUCCAACAACACAAAAUUAUACUUAUAAUUAA